UCGCAAUCGCUCUUACGACUCGUUUCAUGGUAUUUAGACGACUGCAAUGGACUCUGGACUGGCCAGGUGUGGCGCUUCAAUUGAUGAUCUGUGUGAGUCAGUGAGCAGGACGAGCGCUUAGUACGCCAAUCCGGAUCUUGGAUCGAUGUUGUGAUCCUCACCCUCCUCUGGCCGUCAUGCCUUACGAGCAUCUGUUGCCCCCGAGCUGGAAGCCCCAGGUCACCGCCUGGCUGGCGGAAGAUACGCCUUCCUUUGACUAUGCUGGCUUCGUCGUCGGCGAUGUUGAGCGCGAAGCGUUCCUAUUCGGCAAGGGGGACGAGCCUGCAGUCCUUGCGGGAUCGCCGUUCUUCACGGAGGUCUUCGAGCAACUUGGUUGUCAAGUAGAAUGGCAUGUGAAGGAAGGCGACACCUUCAAGCCGGUGAAGCAUGUCGCUACUGUGCGCGGUCGGGCGCGCCACUUGCUCCUGGGCGAGCGUGUAGCGCUCAACAUGCUCGCACGAUGCAGUGGUAUUGCCACUAAAUCGAAGCGCGUGAAGGACUUGGCGACUGGCUAUGGAUUCAAGGGCAUCAUCGCCGGCACUCGAAAGACGACACCAGGCUUCCGUCUCGUCGAGAAGUACGGGAUGCUUGUAGGUGGGAUCGACCCGCACAGGCAUGAUCUCUCAAGCAUGAUCAUGCUCAAGGAUAAUCAUAUCUGGUCCCAUGGGUCCAUAACCGCUGCCAUCAAGCAAGCGCGCCUCGUCGGCGGCUUCAGUCUUUUGCUCGACGUCGAGGUUCGAUCUGAAGAGGAGGCCAACGAGGCCAUCGACGCCGGCGCAGAUAUCGUCAUGCUCGACAAUAUCGAGGGCGAUGAGCUCGUUGCCGUAGCUCAGCGACUCAAGGAGAAGUGGCGCGGUCAGCGCAAGUUCCUCAUCGAGACCAGUGGUGGUAUCACAGAGGGAAACUUGCAAGAGCGCGCGAUCAAUGAGGUCGAUAUUCUAAGCACCAGCAUGGUCCAUCAAUCCGUCCAACACAUCGACUUCAGCCUCAAGAUCCAGAAGCCUAAGAACUAGGACGAAACCACUUGUAACCUUAUAGGCAACUAACUUAUCUCUCGCUGAUCUUCAGUCAUGAUGAUUGCAAUGGGCGGUGCGAUGUAACAGACCAAACUGUCAAGGCCAGAGUUCUCUCUAUUCACCAGACAGUUGCACGCAGCACCAUUGGUUAGCGGAACCCACACCAUACCGCACGAACUACCACUCUCUCGUUCAUUGUCUUGCUGCGGAUACCCUCUUUU